CAAUGGUGCUGCUUAUUAGUUGCAAUUUGCCAGCUGUGGCAUAAGUUUACUCUAGCCAAAACCAACAGCGAGCACCGCAAACUAAACCAAAUAAAUAAAAUAAUUGCCUUUCCGAGAAGUUGAUAGAAUGGGUAAAAAUAAAGGAGGCGGCGGCGGCGGAGGAGGAGGAGGUGGCGGUAGUGGAGGCGGCGGCAAUAAAAAGGGCGGCGGUGGUGGAGGCGGCGGCGGAGGUGGCUCCGGAAAUAAAAACAAAGGCGGCGAUGGAGGCGGCGGUGACAAAGGUGGAGCCAAGAAAGGACAGGACCAAAAGGCAGCCGCAGGCGGUGGCAAGAAGGGAGGCAAGAAAUAGCAACCGUGGCAACAUCAAAGCGCAUUAAAAAUUACAAAUUUAGAGUUAAGUUGAAAUUAAAAGUGAUAUCAGGGUGUAUAUUUCUAUACUGUA